AUGGUUACACUACAAUUUGCAUCCUGGGCUACUGAUCUGACGUAUAGCAGUCUCACAAGCAGUUUACUUGCAGCUGAUAACAAAUCCUUCUUCAACUGGGCUGGAUGCGCAAUCGGCGGCUUUCCUUUCCAGGCUGUACCGCAGAUUGCACUCAACACGACACUCUCUGCGUUCUCAGGGCUACCAACAUCUUCGAUUCUAGGCGCGAACGAUUCCGCCUCAGGGGUUUUAGGAGAUGCCCAAACUGCAGCGCUGAUAAAUGGCAUCGCCAGCCAUGUCGAUGAUUACGAUGAUACGCAUCUUGAAACGAUCAUCUAUCCUGCCGGGCCCGUUGCAAGUGCUCUCUUAGCAGUAGCCGAAGCGCAUGGGCCUGUCACUGGCCAUGACUUCAUUACUGCAUUUGUGGCUGGUGUAGAGGCGGAAUGGUCCGUUGGCGCAGCCAUCGGCGUAAGCAAGCUUCUCAGAUUGAACACCACGUAUAUGCAACACGCUAUCGGAAUUGCCGCUACCCAAGUGGUGGGAAUGCAAGUGUAUUUUGGCUCGGACACCAAAUCUGUUCAUGUUGGCCGCGCCGCACAAGGCGGUAUUCUAGCUGCGCUGCUUGCAAGGAAUGGCUACACUUUUCUCUCAAAGCUCUUGAAGCCAAGUAUGGAUGGCUUCAUGUUUCUUUCAAUCAAAGACAUCGACACCGUACAAUUGCGCGUCAACCCCGAAGUUCUCAUCCUAACCGGAAAGAAAGAGCCACAAACUGGACUCGAGGGCAAGUUCAGCAUCUACCACGCCGCAGCAGUAGGCCUGGUUUACGGAGAAGCAAGACCUACUCAAUUCACCGAUGCUGUCGUCAAAGACUCGACCGUAAUAAGUUUACGUAACAAGGUCACUGCAACUGAAGAUGAAGGCGUAUUCCCGUCCGAAGCAUACCACGUCGAAUAUGCCAAGGGCAGUAUUCAGAAUCCACUUACCGAAGAAGAGUUAAAGGAGAAGUUCAUCGGCCAGGUGGGCGCGGCGAUUGGUCUUGAUCGUGCGGUAGAUGUGUAUGCGUCGUUUUCAAACGUGCAAGAGAUGUCCGAUGUUGCUGCCAUUCGGCAUACGUAUUAG